AUGGCACCCUCAGUCCCCUCAUCCUAUCGCCCGCGGAAGAAGAGAAAGUCUGCCGCGCUCUUCGCCGGCUCGAACAACCCACUCACAAUAGACGCAGGGGAGGGGAAAGCUGCGCCUGCAUUUCCAUUAGUAUCAUUUCUAUGGGGAGCUCGCGCUGGCGUAUCUCAAUGGCUCGUUCUUCCUCUCAUAUUGAUGACAGUGGGCCUGUUUCGCUGGGCUGUCAGUCUGUGGGGUUAUUCAGGCUUUAAUACCCCUCCAAUGUAUGGUGACUUUGAAGCACAGCGUCACUGGAUGGAGAUAACCAUUCACCUGCCCCUGUCGAAGUGGUAUACCUAUGACCUACAGUAUUGGGGACUUGAUUAUCCGCCAUUGACAGCGUACCAUAGCUGGCUGCUAGGAAAAAUUGGCUCGGUUUUCGAUCCCACUUUGUUCGCCUUGGAUGACUCUCGUGGAAUUGAGGGCUCUCUUCUGAAAGUUUUCAUGCGUGCAACGGUGGUUGUGUCCGAGUACCUCGUAUAUAUCCCAGCUAUUGUCACUUUCCUGCGACGUUACACCCGGAUGCAAGCGGUACCCGUAUGGUCCUCGUCCAUCGCACUCAGCGCCAUCCUUCUGCAGCCAGCAACCAUACUUAUCGAUCACGGCCACUUUCAGUAUAAUACUGUCAUGCUGGGAUUAUUUGUUGCGUCUUUGGAUGCUAUAAUGGCAGGACGCAUGCUUUGGGCGUGUAUUUUCUUUGUCGGGGCUCUUGGGUUUAAGCAAAUGGCUCUGUACUAUGCUCCGGUUAUGUUCGCAUUUCUCCUUGGAAUCUGCAUCUUUCCGCGGAUUCGGCUUGUCCGGCUUUUCUGCAUAGCCCUCGUUACCAUUGCUUCCUUUACCGCCCUCCUUCUUCCUCUGCUACUUGGGGCUACUAGCACCGAGGCUGGGAAACAGCCAGUCCCUGAGCCACCUUUGCUUCAGGCUUUCCCCGUCAAUCUGGACCAUGGAUCAUCAUUAUACCUAAUUCUCUUUCAAUUGACACAGAUAGUCCACAGGAUUUUCCCAUUCUCGCGAGGUCUCUUCGAGGACAAAGUGGCGAAUGCGUGGUGCGCCAUUCACACAUUUUACAAACUCCAUCAUUUCGAGCCUGAAUUGUUGAAGCGCGUAUCACUCGGCGCUACCCUAGCAUCGAUCUUGAUACCGUGUGCCAUCGUCUUCCGUCAUCCGCGCGCUUCAAUUCUGCUCCCCGCUUUUGCUACUGUCGGCUGGGGCUUUUUCCUUUUCUCUUUCCAGGUGCAUGAAAAGAGCGUGCUGUUACCGUUACUUCCCAUGACACUACUUAUCGCCGGUGAUGGAGGGCUCAAUAAAGAUACCCGGUCAUGGGUUGGUUGGGCAAACAUCCUUGGUUCCUGGACUCUAUAUCCCCUUCUCAAGCGAGAUGGCCUCCAAGUGCCAUAUUUCGUGGUGACUUGCCUCUGGGCCUAUCUAUUAGGCCUUCCCCCGACGUCGUGGCAGAUCUACCGCCACCAGAGGCCGGUUGGGGAGGUAGAAGCGGAUACUGAACCUCAUGGUCUUACAAGACUAAUACAUAUUUUGUUUUAUCUCGCAAUGGUGGGAUGGCAUGUCUUGGAGGCUUUCAUUCCUCCUCCUCCAGGCAAGCCAGAUUUAUGGGUUGUUCUCAAUGUUCUCAUUGGCGCUGGUGGCUUUGGGAUUUCAUACCUUUGGUGUUUGUGGAAGUUGAUCAGCCUAUCCCGUCGGAUCGAUUCUAAAGUGGAGGAUGCUCGGAAGAAGAACCAGUGA